CUCCAGGAAAACGAAGAAAAUGCAUGACAGCCACUUUUAACUUCCGUACACAUAUUGACAUAGCAAUGAUUUGUCUAGAUCUACAUCUUAUUUCCUUAUACUUCCACACAAGAACAGUCACUUAGCUUUGAUUUUGAGCAUGCGCAGUGUUUCGAAAAAUGACAUUGCUUCUCGGAUAAUUUAACUAUUGCAUGUGUGAAACGCAUUAUCAUCAUUAUCAUUCACUACGUUUCAGUACCCAGAUUGCUUAGGUUCCAUCUGGAAUAUGGGGAGAUUACAUACAUUGUUGUGCAUUUGUCUCCUGCUCUUUGUGUCAAGAGUGGUGGCCAACACUUUUCCAUCGCAGUAUAAACCUCUCGAAAUUCGGUUCCAAGGUAACCGCGAAAACAAGGGUCCAGUUGAGAUCUUCAUUAACGAUGACAAAUGGGUGCCAUUGUGCGAUGACGACUUGACCGACGCGGAUGCCAAAGUUGUCUGUCGGACCCUCGGCUACGCGGAGGGUGUUCGCCAAGCUACCGAUGCCAGUGAUGUCGAAGGCAGCGGAAGCGGCGACAUCGACUUUGAUUUUACUGAUGAUAGACGAGUACCUUCUUUGAAAUGCACUGGAAAUGAGACGAACCUGGCUUUCUGCCCCUACAAGAAUAUCGGCAUUCACGAAUACUGCGAUAGGAACGAAAGUGUCACAGUCAAGUGUAAAGGAAAAGCAAACGUUCGCUUGCAGGACGGUACCUUUAGAGAGGGAAGAGUCGAGGUGUUCCACAAGGGUUCUUGGGGUACCGUCUGUGUGAAUAACUUCGGGGUGUCCGAAGCCAACGUCGUGUGCCGAAUGCUUGGGUUCGGGUUCGCCGAACGCUUCUACGGAGCAGAGAAGUUCGGUGCGGGUGCCGGAUACAUUGUGAUUGGUGAUCUCGAUUGCUCGGGAGAUGAAGUGAACAUUGGUCAUUGUUCACCUACUGAAUCUGGAGUCGAAAACUGCACUCACCAGAAUGAUGUUGGCGUAAGCUGUGUAGCACUUCCUGUUCGCCUUGAAGACGGGUAUUCACCCAAUGAGGGUCGCGUUGAGGUGUACUACGAUGAUGCAUGGGGUACUGUUUGCGACGAUGAAUGGGAUAUGGAAAGCGCCGAAGUCGUCUGCCGAAUGCUCGGUUAUCCGGAGGUAUACAGGUCCUACGGCUUGGCGUUUUUCGGGGAAGGGCAGGGCGAUAUUGUCCUCGACAACUCCCAGUGCAGCGGGGAUGAAAGGCACAUCGCUCUCUGCGGAAAUCCGAAAUAUUUGAGUCAUAACUGUGAACAUAAUGAAGACGCCGGUGUAGACUGCUCUGGAAAAGCUACAGCAAAUAUACGACUUGUCGAUGGGCCAACUCCGAACCAGGGUCGUCUCGAACUGUACCUGUUGGGGGCCUGGGGCACUGCCUGCCGGAAGGACUGGACACACAUCGACUCUUCCGUGGCGUGUCGCAAGCUUGGCUACUUCGGUGCUGCGGACACUUUAUCGCCACCAACUACCUACGGGAAUGGGACGGGAAUGGUGCUGCUACGGGAACCCCGCUGCAAGGGCAAGGAAGAAGAUCUCAUGCAGUGUAAUGUUUCUUACCCCAUAGGCGUCACCGGCUGCACGCAUGGCGAUGAUGUUUGGAUUAGCUGUCUGCAAAAAGAAAACCUUGAAGUGCGUCUUGUCGGCGGAUCUUCUCCUGACGAAGGGCGUGUCGAGGUGAAACACCGGGGUCAUUGGGGGACCGUUUGUGAUGACAGCUGGGAUAUCCUGGACUCGCACGUCGUGUGCAGGAUGCUCGGCUACAGUGCAGCAAGGGAAUACUCUUGCUGCGGACAUUACGAUGAGGGUUCAGAGCACAAGUACAUUCUCUUGGAUGAAGUGCAGUGCAGCGGAGCAGAAGAGAACAUUGGACACUGCAUGCGGCAGGACUACGGGGCCCACGACUGCGACCAUUCGGAGGAUGUUGGGGUUUCCUGUAUAAGUUAUGAAUCGACCACCCCGUUACAAGAUGUCCAAAAUACGCCUUCAGCUGAACCUCGCGUGAGCGAACACUCGACGGCCCUAUCGUCACUCUUGAUAGGUACUGUUGUAUUAUUUUUAUUGCUUUUCCUGAUUGCCCUCGCUGGUUUGGUCUAUGAGAGGUCCAGAGAAUUACAUUACAAGAAAAUGAUGAAAAUGGCGCAAAGGGAUCUGAAUCUCCAACCUCUAUCACGGAAGGGGGAGUCGUCAACCAAUAGCUACGCCAAAUCCUUCACCGGAAGUCACCGUGACCGGACGGAAACCAGUGUUGGUCCGAGCUGCAGCCAGGCUAUAGAGGCUUCGGCCUCCGCCAACGGACAAACCAAUCAUACCGUGUACGAGGUUGACAGCACCGACAAGGAGGUUGAAAAGCUCCUUUCUGUCACAUCUAAUGUAGACCCAUCUCCACCGGAGCUUCCCAAGAGGGAUCCGCCUGCAGCAGUGCCACCACGACCUGACUCACCAGCAACCUACGAGUGUCCUCUGGAUGUUUACGAGCCUCCUUCGGACUAUGAAGACGUCUUGACUGCUACGUGUAAAACAAUUGUCUAGAUAAAUAUCCUUCUAGGAUAUUUAUCUAUACAAUUGAUUUCUAAUACUGCAUUGAGCAGCAUUAAACGAAUACUUGCUUCGAUGCAUGAUAUCUCUGUCAUGUGAUGUCAAUGCCUGAAAACACUGUUUAAGAUUUUAAGCAAGUUGAUACAGUAUGUAACUCUAACAACAAGUUCUUUCAUUUUAUGGUGUUUUUUUUAGUCUUCUUUAAACAACCUGUUUAGAACUGACAGGCAAUGUGCUUGUAUUUUUAAAUAGCCUUUUAGGCAUACAAAUCAAAUGACAGAGGUGCACUAGACAACGCAACGUCUCCCGCAUAUAGGGCUAAAUGAAACUUCAUUUAAAUUUGCUGGGAAAUUCUUAAUACAAAAUUUACGUGGUUCAUAUGCAGUUUGUCUAUAGUUCUUGCUUAUAAUAUUAUUGAAGAAUCGUCAGUUUUGUAUAAACGGCGUUAUUGUACACUAAUGAAUAAUCCAGAUAACGACCUUACGUUACCCGUAAAGGCAAUAUAUCUAUAACCAGAUUAAAUUAAAUUGGACACUGUUUGAUAUAAAUUUAAUCAAUAUUUCCAUUAGAUCAUGUAUAUUGGUUAUACCGUUAUCCAAUGUUAUAUUUACAGGCAGUUGAAAUUAAUGUGUCCCAAGAAAGGGAAUUGAGGCACCUGGGUUCCGUAACACAAUGGUUAGCAAUUAAUCAUAUGCUUGAUUUUCACGAUUGAUUGUACAUUGUAGUCAAUGGAAUCAA